AAGGACAGCAGCAGUAAAGCAAGUGGAAUAGACAUAAUAAGGGGGAAGGUAUGUUCAAAAAUAAUCUUUCUUUAACUGCCAAAGUUUCUUUAAAAAGUUUCCUCGAACAGUUAAUUAUACAACAUGUCGAAGAGAGAAUCCAAGGCCAUUUACUUCCAAAAGCUCAAUGACUAUUUGACUAACUACCAAUCCAUCUUCAUUGUCAAUGUUGACAAUGUCAGCUCCAACCAAAUGCACCAAAUUCGUCACUCUCUUCGUGGCGAAGCUGUCGUUCUCAUGGGUAAGAACACCAUGGUUCGUCGUGCUUUGAAGGGUAUGAUCAACGAACGCCCCGAACUCGAAAAGCUUCUUAACUUCGUUAAGGGUAACAUUGGUUUCGUUUUCACCAAUGAUGAUCUUAAGGAUGUUCGUGAAAAGAUCGUCUCUAACCGUGUUGCUGCUCCCGCUCGUGCUGGUGCUAUUGCUCCUGUCGAUGUCGUUGUCCCUGCUGGUAACACUGGUAUGGAACCCGGUAAGACCUCCUUCUUCCAAGCUCUCGGUAUCCCUACCAAGAUUGCUCGUGGUACCAUUGAAAUCGUCUCUGACGUUAAGCUCGUUUACGAGGGUACUAAGGUCGGUCCUUCCGAAGCUGUCCUCUUGAACAUGUUGAACAUCUCUCCCUUCACCUAUGGUAUGUCCGUUGUUCAAGUCUAUGAUGCUGGAUCUCUCUUCUCUCCCGAAGUUCUUGAUGUUGAGGAAUCCCAAUUGGUUGGUAACCUCAUGGCUGCUAUCCGUGAAGUCGCUUCCAUCUCUCUUGCUGUCGGUUAUCCUACCUUGGCCUCCGUUCCUCACUCCGUUAUCAACGGUUACAAGAACUUGUUGGCUGUCUCUGUCGCUUCCGACUACACUUUCCCUGGUUCUGAACAAAUCAAGGAAUUCAUUGCUAACCCUGAAGCCUUCGCUGUUGCUGCUCCUGCUGCCGCUGCUGCCACUGAUGCUCCUGCCGCUGAAGCUGCUCCUGCUGAAGAAGAAGAGGAAGAAGAUGAAGAUAUGGGCUUCGGUCUCUUUGAUUAAGAAGUUUCAUCAUCAUUAUCAAUAUGAUUUAAUCAAGUCAUUUUAAUUUAUGUUAUAUAAUAAAUUGGAUGUCUUCAUAUUUUUUCAUAUAUUAGAUAUAUGUAUU